UCCACGUUUGCAUCUAGCGCCAGCAGAAUUAUAAAAGCGUAUCCGCCGGCGAUAACGGCAAUAGUGGCAAGUGAGGGUGGAUACAUUUGCAAAGCACUGGCUUCCCCACCGUCGUCUCGCGGCAGGAUUGCUUAAACCGCCCACAGACACCCUGCACGAUCCUAAGAGAGGGAGAGGGAGCGUGGUCAGGAUGCACAGUGUGGUGAGCUGCUGACCUGAAAGGGCCACGGGUCAAAUCCUCCGGGACAGCAGCCGAGAUGAAUGCGUCAGAGGUGUCCCCGUCGGCAGGGCCUCUCUUCGCCAAUUACAGCGCGACAUCGGGCAACACAACGGAGGCCCCCGGGAAGACCAAGCCGACGGCGUGCGAGCAGCUGAACAUCGCCACCGAGGUCUUCCUCACGCUGGGCAUCAUCAGCCUGCUGGAGAACAUCCUGGUCAUCUGUGCCAUCGUGAAGAACAAGAACCUGCACUCGCCCAUGUACUUCUUCGUCUGCAGCCUGGCGGUGGCCGACAUGCUGGUGAGCGUCUCCAACGCCUGGGAGACCAUUGUCAUCUACAUGCUCAACAACCAGCGGCUGGUGAUGGACGACCACUUCAUCCGGCAGAUGGACAACGUCUUCGACUCCAUGAUCUGCAUCUCCGUGGUGGCCUCCAUGUGCAGCCUGCUGGCCAUCGCCGUGGACCGCUACGUCACCAUCUUCUACGCCCUGCGCUACCACAACAUCAUGACCGUGCGGCGGGCGGCGCUGAUCAUCGGCGGCAUCUGGACCUUCUGCACGGGCUGCGGCAUCGUCUUCAUCAUCUACUCGGACACAACGCCCGUCAUCAUCUGCCUGGUGUCCAUGUUCUUCGCCAUGCUGGUGCUCAUGGCCUCGCUCUACAGCCACAUGUUCAUGCUGGCUCGCUCGCACGUCAAGCGCAUCGCCGCGCUGCCCGGCUACAACUCCAUCCACCAGCGCGCCAGCAUGAAGGGCGCCAUCACCCUCACCAUCCUGCUGGGCAUCUUCAUCGUCUGCUGGGCGCCCUUCUUCCUCCACCUCAUCCUCAUGAUCUCCUGCCCCAGGAACCUCUACUGCGUCUGCUUCAUGUCGCACUUCAACAUGUACCUCAUCCUCAUCAUGUGCAACUCGGUCAUCGACCCGCUCAUCUACGCCUUCCGCAGCCAGGAGAUGCGCAAGACCUUCAAGGAGAUCAUCUGCUGCUACGGCCUGCGCAAUGCCUGCAGGCUGUCCAGAUAGUACUGGAGCGACUGACAAAGCCGGGUUUGGGUAGAAGACGGUCAAA